GUUUUCCUCCAUAUCCAAAAAUGAAACUACAAGUCCUACGGCAACGACAGCGUUUCCAAGUUCGUCGGUCUCUCUAGCAUAAACAGUUCCAGAGGCCACUUAACGCCGGACAUCGCUGCUCUCUCGGGUCUGCCCCCUCACAGUUCGGAGACUCUCUUCGAUCUAAAGUCGCCCAGAAACAUGCUGGGGUCAUCUCGAAUCCCUUCCCACUCUCCCAAGAAGCAGCAACCGAAGCAAGAAAGAGAAUGGUUAGCAUUAAGCUUCAAGCCGGAGAACUUCAUCCCAGGCCUUGUCAUUGGUUUUAUAUUUGGGUUGUUGCUGGAUCUAUCCAAACCCUCCAAGAAUCAUGUAAAGAAGAAAAAUUUCUCUCCAGGAAAUCUCCAACAGAAAUAUGCGGUCUCAAAUAAUGGUGACCAAGAGCUCAAACUGGUUCUUGUAGUUAGACAAGAUCUGAAGAUGAAAUCAGGAAAGAUUGCAUCUCAAUGUGCUCAUGCUGCCACUGGCAUGUAUGCAGAACUAAUGCAAAGUCACCGGUCCCUUUUGAGAGAAUGGGAACAAUGUGGUCAACCUAAAAUAGUUGUCACAUGCAAGAAUCAACAAGAAAUGAAUAAGCUGAAGGAUGCAGCUGAGAGCAUUGGCCUUCCAACUUUUGUAGUUGCUGAUGCUGGACGAACACAGGUUAUGGCUGGAUCCAAGACUGUUCUCGCAGUUGGACCUGGAUCGAAAGUAUCAGUGGAUUCGGUGACAGGAAAACUGCCCUUGCUAUGACAUUGUUGAAGCAGCAACUAACAAGGCCUAUUUGACCGAGACUUAUAGGUUACUGUGUUUAUUUGCUGGGUAGCAAUUAUUUCAUCGUUUCUGAUAGGAGAGAAUUUUCUUCAUUAUUGUUCUAUUAGGACACGAUCAAGGUGGUGAAGAACAUGUUUCUAGCAGUGGCCAGUUGAGAAAUAUUUUCCUUAGUUUCCUUGGGGAUAGAUUUUUACCAAACUUUGGAAAAUUAUACUCGUAACACCUUGUAAAAUUGAUGACGUGGCAUAUAAUAAAGUAAUUUUCUAUUAAGAGUAA